AUGGACCGCAAAAAGAGAAAUGUUCCGGAUUUAAAGCGUAGUCUGUCGUCGCUAACUUCCCAAAUAACUCACUGGAGCGCUUCAAGAUCGUGCUCUCCCUCGCGGAAAAAGGGCAAUAAAUGCUCCAGUGUAGAUGUUCGAGAUUUGCAAGGCCACAAUUUAUCAGCGGACCUGACUACUGGUGGUUUUAAUACGAUUCCAUGGUAUGAAAAGUAUAGUCCGAAAAAUGUUAAUGAGGUGUCGAUUCAUAAGAAGAAGUCUAAGGAGGUACGCGAUGAAUUGGAGGCUAUGAUGCAGGGUCGAAGCGAGAAGCGCGUUUUGCUGCUGACGGGUCCCAGCGGCUGUUGUAAAAGUACAAUUGUCAAUAUGUUAGCAAAAGAGCUAGUUCCAAAGUACAGAGCAGCUGGAGGAAGAGGUGAAAAUGUUAUUCGGUAUGAAAACGAUAUGGCACCUAACGGGGCUUCUCAUAUUGGUAGUUUUGGGCAGUUCCUCGGCGAGGCAAAGUAUCGAGUUGUGUCGAACCUGUCGCUGAUUCUGGUGGAGGAUAUACCGAAUGUUUUCCACGCGGAAACCAGAAGCGCCUUUCGGCGACAGUUGCUGGAAUGGUUAUAUAUGCCCAAGCGCUCUCUACCACCUUUAGUUAUUUGUCUGACCGAAUGCGAGCUCGAGAACGAUAAUGGGAGCUUCAUCGCUUACGGCGUGGACUACUCUUGGACGGCGGAGUCGAUUUUAGGCAAGGAGAUAUUAUCUCAUGCUUGCUUGAAGAGAAUAAAGUUCAACCCGGUGAAUGCGACGCUGAUGAGAAAAACCUUGGUAAAUAUCUGCAAUGACAAUAAAGCUGAGCUGAUGCUACGUGAAAAAUGGGACGAUAAGGACCGCGUUAUUGAGGGAGUGAUACAAUCCACGGGGGAUUUACGUUCGGGAAUUGCAAUGCUGCAGUUCUGGGCAACCUCUACGGGAUGCACCGCAACUUUUGCGAGAGAUAGCUCCACUUCGUACUUCCAUGCCAUCGGCAAAGUCUUGCAUGGUUCGCGCGAUGUUGCAGAUGACAGCAAGAUGAUCAACGAACUGCUUUUGAAUUCGAUGGGGCAUCUUUCCCAUGACAAUUUCUCUCUGGGUCUUUUAGAAAAUUACGCCUCAUUCAACAAGGGUAAAUUCAGCAUUUUGGAGGCUUGCAAAUUAACGGAUUCUUUGAGCGAAAGCAACACUAUGGAUAUGACACCUGAGUCGUUAGAGUUUUGUUUGCGCAAGGUGCGGCACAUUUUUGGCGAAAUGGGCCAAGGAAGUCAUUCUCAUGGGAGGGCAAAGUUCCCUCGAGAAUGGAAAAUUAGUCAGGCUCAAAGUGAGUUCCUGAUACAAUGUGAAGAUUAUACCAAUGUUUCAGUCUACAAGUACGGUGAGCCCCGUCUCUUCCGAAACAUAGCAUUGCAAUUUGGUUUCUACGACCCUGAAAUAAAGAGCAUUCGGUUUUAUAAAGAAAAGGCAUUGAAACAUUAUAGAGCUAAAUUAUCUAACGAUGCUGUAUUUGAAGUCAAAAAACAGCGGAUACAAAGUCUCGAAGUGGAUCCUACGUUAGAUAUCACUGCGCGUAUAGGAGGCGACAUUAACUUGAUAGACGGUCAUGAUACAGAAAUCUCUGAGGACGAUCAUCAAUCAGGCGCCAAGGAGGCCCUUGACCGAUUGAGGCGAACGCGAGAUGCGAAACUGCAAAAGUUACUUGAGCUAUACGGCACAGAUUCUGAAUUGAAAGCUGGGACUGAAACUGACGAUGAGCAGUUCGAAGAGGAUCCCAUAAUUGACAGUGAUCAAGAUGUGGGAGCUGUUGCAAACAACACGCUUGACGACGAAGACUCUAUCUACGAGGCACUUUCGCAAAAGCCCCGAAAUCUGAACGGUGAGAAACCGGUCAGUGAGUCCCUGUCCGACUCCGAUCUCGAGGAUUUAUGA